UCCACACCGUCCCCACCCUUCCAUCCCUCCCUCUUGUCUCCCCCAAAUUCGCGAAUCCCCGCGCGGUCGCCCCUAGACUGUCACCGCGACCUGCGACCCAGUCGCCCAUACGUCAUCCUGCACCCCGUCCACCGCCCGCUCGACACUGUGAUAUUUCACAUGUUGCCCGCCAGAGCCCCGUCCACACGCUUUCCGCCCUUCGACAAGCCCCUGGCCGUGUGGGAAAAGAGAUACGCGGUCUGGUGA